AUGACUGUUGCUGCAUAUCUACUUUUUCAAUCAUCAAAAGAAUGCACACCUAUGCCCUGGUUGUCCAUUUACCUGAUCCUAUGUAUUGUGACAUUCAUUGUAGAAACAAUAAUUUUAGCCACAAUUGGAGUCAUUUCAUUAAGAGGAUCCAUUGCUGACGAUCGACCACGCAGACCCGUUGUCCCGUUUAUCUACACCUUUAUUGCGACUGUGGUCUUGGAGACUGUAUUGCAUAUAUUUGGACUGUCCAAAUUUUACACCGAGGCAACGUACUGUCGAGAAAGCAAUAUAUUUAAUGCCGGAUUUGUCAUUGUCAUUUACUGUUUUUUAACAGGAGUGCUAAUCUUUGCAAUUUCCCUUACGUUGCAAUUGGCUGUGGGUUCUAGUACUAGAAGUAUUGAGCAUAUGGAUAGUCCACAGUUUUGGCAGUAUUGCCUCAUACCCUUUGUCUGCUUUCCCCUUUACAUUCGUGGGUAUAGUCGUAGUUCCACCGCUGCACGUGCUGGUAGAUCUACUCGAACCACCACCAUUCUCUCAGAUGUCGCCGAACUUUUCACUGAGCUAUUUGGCGAUGUUCGCCUUGUGCCAUCGGACAUUUUGGCUGGUCUUAUACUAGUUAAGCGCGCAGAUAAACGUAAGAAGCGUGAGCAACAGCAGCAUGAGAUAGUGAAUAUUGCUAUGGACCGCUUUGAGCCGUUGAUUUCUAUCCACAAUCCUCCAAUUCACCGUGAUUGGAAUUAUAUUGUUCACUAUUACAAGUUUACUGAAGCCAUUUACGGAUUUCCAUUAUACAUGCUAACGCACUUUUUUGAUGGGUUUCGGCAUUUGUGUUGUCCGUGUACGGGAUCUAAACCUCACUCUGCUAUAAACGCUGUUCAAAUGUAUAUGGAUAGCGGAUGGUCAAAUGGGUGUUUGUGCUGUUUUCCUGCCAGUUGUUGUUAUUCAAAACCUUGCCGUCACGAUGAUUUGAUUCAUAUAAGCAUCACAAAUGAGCUGUUCAAGUCUCCUUUCAUGGUGUGCUUUGAUCAUGACACUGCAUCUAUAGUCGUAUCCAUUCGGGGAACUUUAUCGACUACAGAUUUGCUGGUAGAUUUGCAUUUCAGGCUAGCAGAGAUUCGCAUUCCUAGUGACUCGGGGGAUGUGGUGAUUGCUCAGACACACUAUGGAAUGCUCAGAACAGCAAAAAACAUCUUUGAAGAACUAAAGCGCACCGAUCUGUUUUCCAUACUCCUGUCCAAUGUCACGUCGGCCUAUUCCAACUAUCGACUGGUAUGCACAGGUCAUUCGCUUGGUGGAGGUGUGGCUGCACUUGUUGCUUUUUUGAUAAAGACUAGUGCGCAAUAUAAAAAUUUAGAAUCAAGAGUCACAGCGAUUGCCUAUUCUCCACCUGGCUGCAUGAUCACAGCAAAAGGACAGGAUUACUUUAAAACAUUUUGCACCUCGGUUGUAUUCGGCAACGACGUAAUUCCUCGCCUCAAAAUGCACUCAGUUUGUACUCUUAAACAGCAAGUUAUUUCUGAAUUGGGACGCUGUAAUCAUUCUCAUAAGUUGGACCUUUUGACUGGGAAAAUGAUGAAGCCCAUGAUUCGAGCUUGCCAAAAUUUAGGCGGGUUUUAUGAUCAUCGCACCAUCUCUAGCACGAGUCCCACACAUACUGACCAGUUUAUCGAACAGCAAACACACCCGACGAUUUUUAAUAUACACAAUGAUGCUACAAACGAACGCUUGGGCGAAGCCAAUGAAGAAACGAGCUCAAACGAUAGCGCUUCGCAAACCCCAACGUAUCUUCCUGGUCACAUCUUGCAUAUUCGACGUGUAGAAAAGCCAAUCCUUAGAAGGCAGAGUAGUUUUUUGUUUGAAGACGGCGAUUUACCCGAUGAUCAAACAAAUACUAAUGUCGGGACUGACAUAUCAGAUCGGUCUACUACAUAUACUAUUUGUGGGUCAGAAUAUGAGCUUGUGUGGUCACCACCUGAAGCAUUUGAUUCUAUUUUGAUCAGUAAAACAAUGGGACUAGAUCAUAUGCCCAAUCGGUUGGGAAGCGUGUUGGCUUCUUUGAAACUUUUGAAAAGUGAUUCCGAAUGA